CUCGGCAACCUUCUCUGAUCUCUUCCUUCUGAUAUGUCACGAUCUGCAGUGACAAGAUAUAUGGGGUACCGAUAAGCUUGAUUGCUCCGCCAAACAAGACAAGGAUCGCUCUCGUUCCCAACCACAGAUUCCCAUAUGGAUAUGAUGUUGUGCAUCACCACUACCAAAAACAGAUCUGACACUUCCGGACCGUCCCACGUAUACUUAGACCCAGCUUUAUAUCUACCCCAGACUCUGUUUUCAAGUCCUCUCAUCUUCCACCAACUCCCCCCUCUCCACCUCACCCCACCCCGAAAAUGAAACAACUAAUCGGCGUCUGGAAACUCCUCUUCAUAACCCAACCAAACAACGAGCCCGCAGAUACCAACCUCACCGGCCGCAUAAUCUUCAACGACCAAGGCUACAUGAACGCCCUGAUCCGCUCCGGCGCCGCUGUCCCGCUUCCCGACUCCGUAGACUGGGAUACCGCCACCGAUGCCCAGAUCGCUGCCAUCACGCGGCGCAUCGUGGCGUAUUCGGGGCAGUACGAGGUAAGGAAUGAGAGUGGGCAGCUGUUUACGCAUACCACGCUCGAUGUGUCCCUAGAUCCUAGUUGGAUGGAGGAGGUGCAGGUUAGGCAUGCGGCUUUUAGUAACGGGACGGAUGGGAAGAGUGUUUUGACGUUGAUUCCGGUUGAGAAUGGGAAGUUGGCGGAUCAGAGUUUGGUGUGGGAGAAGUUGGAUCUUCCAACGUUGACUAUGAUUUGA